AUGAACUAUAGUGAUUGGUUUCAAAAAUUAAAUAAAGAUGAUAAAGAUUAAGAUGGAAUAACCAAUGAAUUAAGUUAGAUGAAUAUUUAUGAUCUAAUUAAAGGAAUAUAAAUACUUUAUCUUGAGAUUAAGAGACUUAAUAGAUUAUAAGAAAUUCAGGGAUCGGCAUUUUACUAUAAAGAAAGAUAUGAAACUACACUCAAAUCUAAUCAAGACCUAUCCAAUUCAAAUAAGGAAUUAUCCAAUUCUAACUAAGAACUAUAAAAAGGGAAGCAAGAUCUAGAGAAAUAGAAUAUAGAGCUUUACAAAUUUAAUCAAGAACUAUUUGGAAAAAAUCAGAAAUUGCUAUCUAAUUAUGAGGAAGUUGUAAAUCAUUUUCAGAAUAUCAUAACAUAAUACAAAAAAUCUACUAUUGAUGAAUUCGCAAGAACUAUUAAGAGUGAGGAAGAGAUCUUGGGUAAAUUUCAAACUAUAUAAAAUUAAUUGGAGCAUUAAGUUGAAAUAAAAGAAAUAAAUAAAACUUAAGAAGAAAUCUAAUAGAAAUCAUAAGAAAUAGUAUAUUAAAUGAAAAACUUUCAAAAAGACUAUAAUCAAAACUUAAUUAGAGACUAAAUAAGUUCAGCUUAAUCUGUAUCUAAUUAAACGAUAAUUGACAAAAUUAAAUAAAUAGUUGAUUAAAUAAAAUUAGUACUGAGUAUAUCAGAUACUUUGCUCAACAAGUUAAGUUUAAUAGUAAAAUCUGCAAAAAAUUAAACACUAAUUUAAUAAAUAAGCCUAGUAUAAAAUUUUUUACAACAUAAUAAUGUUAUAUACACAAAAUGUAUAGCAAUUUUAAACACCUUUGCUUGUGCAAUAGAAAAACAUGAAAAAAAAAUACAAUACUAUAAAGAGUAAUUACAGAAUGAAUAAAAGUAUAGAGUAGAGUGCUAAGGUUAGAUGGAAUAAUAGAAAAAGAAUUAUGAAAUGAUUAUGUAAAGUAGAAGAUAAAACUAAUAAUUAAAUUAACCAGAAAACUAAAACAGGUUUAUAAAAUAAUAUUUCUAGAUUUAUCAAGAAUACUUUACAUUAAUUCUAAAUCUGAUUGAAAUUCAAAAUUUUUAGUUUCCUAAAAUAGAAUUAGAAAUAACAAAUUGGAAAUAAGAAUUGAGAAAGGAAUUUACUGAUCUUAAAUUACUAAUUGAAUUUGCGCAGAAAUAGUAUCAAAGUCUGAUGAAGCUUGCUAAUUAUAUAACAUAGGAAAAUAAGCUCAAAGAGAUUUUAUAUUCUUAAAAUAAUUUUUUUAUAGCCUAUUCAAAAAUCUUGAAGGAACUUUCUCAAAGUUGA